GAGACCCAACCGACGCUGCGAGAGGGGUGCAGAAAGCGGUUAUUAUGACUGCUACAUUGCAUAGGAAUUAAUAUCUUGUCCAGUGAGAAAGUAGGAGGUUUACUGAUCAAGAAACCGACGUGGAGUCGCCUGCACUACACCCGACGGGCGGUUGAGGGUGUGCGGUCCCACGGGACGGUCCCGUCGGCAGGAUCCAGUAGUUUGUUAGUGUGAGCUUUCGCCCCCAACGCCGGGAAGAUGGCUGAUGAGUGCACGAUUAAAGUGAUGUGCCGCUUCAGGCCGCUGAACAAAUCCGAAAUUGCGAGAGGGGACGAGUACAUCCCCAAAUUUCAAGGUGAAGACACCGUCGUUAUUGGGGGGAAACCCUACAAGUUCGACCGAGUGCUGCAGUCCAACACCACGCAGGAGCAGGCCUACAACGCCUGCGCCAAGCAGAUCGUCAAAGAUGUCCUCAAUGGGUAUAACGGGACGAUGUUCGCCUAUGGACAGACGUCCUCUGGUAAAACGCACUCCAUGGAGGGAGUCCUCCAUGACCCAGAAAUGAUGGGCAUCAUCCCCAGAAUAGUGCAGGACAUUUUUAACCACAUUUACUCCCUGGAAGAGAACGUGGAGUUUCAUAUCAAGGUUUCAUAUUUUGAAAUUUACCUGGACAGAAUUAAAGACCUUUUGGAUGUGUCGAAGACCAACCUCGCUGUGCACGAAGACAAGAACAGAGUCCCGUAUGUGAAGGGCUGUACUGAGAGGUUUGUCUGCAGUCCGGAGGAGGUCAUGGACACAAUUGAUGAAGGAAAGUCAAACCGCCACAUCGCCAUGACCAAUAUGAAUGAGCACAGCUCCAGGAGUCACAGUCUCUUCCUGAUAAAUGUGAAACAGGAGAACAGUCAGACAGAGCAGAAGCUCAGUGGAAAGCUGUACCUGGUGGAUCUGGCUGGGAGUGAAAAGGUCGGUAAGACAGGAGCAGAGGGCGUGGUCCUGGAUGAAGCCAAGAACAUCAACAAGUCCCUCUCCUCCCUCGGAAUAGUCAUCUCAGCCCUGGCAGACGGAUCUACGUAUGUCCCGUACAGGGACUCUAAGAUGACUCGGAUUCUGCAGGACUCUCUGGGGGGUAACUGCAGGACCACCAUCAUCAUCUGCUGCUCCCCUUCUGCCUUCAACGAGGCAGAGACCAAAACCACUCUGAUGUUCGGCCAGAGGGCGAAGACCAUUAAGAACAGUGUGUGUGUGAACAUGGAGCUCACCGCCGAACAGUGGAAGAAGAAGUAUGAACGGGAGAAGGAGCGAAACAAGACCUUACGCAACAACGUCACCUGGCUGGAGGCUGAGCUGAACCGCUGGAGAAGUGGUGAGAGUGUCCCGGCGGAUGAGCAGUUUGAUAAGGAGAAGGCCAGCGCAGAGUUCCAGGCUCUGGACAACGUGCCGAACAACGAGAAGCCUGCCCCCACGCAGGUCCCAGGCGUCAGGCUCAGCGACAACGAGAAGGGGAAGUGCGAGGAAGAGAUCGCCAAGCUGUACAAACAGCUGGAUGACAAGGACGAUGAGAUUAACCAGCAGAGUCAGCUCGCUGAGAAGCUGAAGGAGCAGAUGCUGGAUCAGGAGGAGCUCCUGGCCUGCUCUCGGAAGGACUACGACUCCCUGCAGGCCGAGCUGAACCGGCUGCAGAUGGAGAACGAGGCGUCGAAGGAGGAGGUGAAGGAGGUGCUGCAGGCCCUGGAGGAGCUGGCCGUGAACUACGACCAGAAGGGCCAGGAGGUGGAGGACAAGAGCCUGGAGCUUGAGGCCCUGAGCGACGAGCUCAACGAGAAAUCGUGCGUGCUUGCCUCCAUCGACUCUGAGCUGCAGAAGCUGAAGGAGAUGACCAGCCACCAGAAGAAGAGGGUGACGGAGAUGAUGUCAUCACUCCUGAAGGACCUGGCGGAAAUCGGCAUCGCCGUGGGCAGCAAUGACAUCAAACAGCAGCAGGGCAGCGGGCUGAUUGAUGAGGAGUUCACGGUGGUGCGUCUCUACAUCAGUAAGAUGAAGUCUGAGGUGAAGACGAUGGUGAAGCGCUGCAGGCAGCUGGAGUCUGCGCAGACGCAGAGCAGCCAGAGCCUGGAGCAGGCCGAGAGGGAGCUGGCUGCGUGCCAGCUGCGCAUAUCACAGCACGAGGCCAAAAUCAGGUCCCUGACGGAGAGCCUGCAGAACGCCGAGCAGAAGAAGAGACAGCUGGAGGAGAACGUGGACUCCCUGAGCGAGGAGCUGGUGAAGAUCAGCGCCCAUGAGAAAGUCCAGGCCAUGGAGAAGGAGAGUGAGGCUCAGACAGCCAAUGAAGUGAAGGAGGCCGUGGAGAGGCAGAUCCAGAAUCACCGAGAGGCUCAUCAGAAGCAGAUCGGCAGCCUCCGGGAUGAGCUGGAGAACAAGGAGAAGCUCAUCACUGAGCUUCAGGAUCUGAAACAGGAGACUCUGCUGGAGCAGGAGCGGUUGAGGCUGGAGCACGAGAAGCUGAAGGCCACCGACCAGGAGAAGAGCCGCAAGCUGCAGGAGCUCACAGUGAUGCAGGACCGGAGGGAGCAGGCCAGACAUGAUCUGAAGGGCCUGGAGGAGACGGUGGCCAGGGAGCUCCAGACUCUGCACAACCUCAGGAAGCUCUUCGUCCAGGACCUGGCCACAAGGGUUAAGAAGACGGCGGAGAUGGACUGUGAGGACACAGGAGGCAGUGCAGCUCAGAAGCAGAAGAUCUCCUUCCUGGAGAACAAUCUAGAACAACUCACCAAGGUCCACAAACAGCUGGUGCGGGAUAACGCAGACCUGCGCUGUGAGCUGCCCAGGCUGGAGAAGCGCUUGCGGGCGACGGCGGAGCGCGUGCGGGCGCUGGAGGCAGCGCUGCGGGAGGCCAAGGAGAACGCCGCACGCGACCGCAAGCGCCACCAGCAGGAGGUGGACCGCAUCAAAGAGGCCGUGCACACCAAGAACAUGGCCCGCCGCGGGAGCUCCGCGCAGAUCGCCAAACCCAUCCGGCCCGGACAACCCCCCGUAGUGUCGCCCCCCCACCCCAACGUCCUCCGCGGCGGAUUCUUCCAGAACGCCGGAAUCCGGGGGGGUGGAGCCAGGCAGGAGAAGACGUGAGUACUGGAUCAGUGCUGCUGAAGACUGAAGUCCGGUGGAUGUUGUGCUGAAGCCUUUCGUUCCCUUACAGAGCUGGGAGUACAACUGGCCUGUGCAGCUCUCAUCCUGUUUGUUUACCCUCAUCCCUUUUCCCCUAAAUUACAUUUCAUUUUCUUAACAAAAGAAACCAACAAGGCAAAAAGGCACCAUCACAAAGUGACUGAGUGCAGUCUGGGGAGCUCUGUGUGACCGUGAUCUCAGUCUGUUAUCUCUUGUGUCCUGUGUUCAGUCUGCACCGUGCCAACCUGGACACUGCUCAGUCUGUUAUCUCUUGUGUCCUGGGUUCAGUCUGCACCGUGCCAACCUGGACACUGCUCAGUCUGUUAUCUCUUGUGUCCUGGGUUCAGUCUGCACCGUGCCAACCUGGACACUGCUCAGUCUGUUAU